CCCCUCCUCCUUGUCCUGCCGCCUCCGCUCGUGCUGCCGCCUCCGCCUCCGUCCCCUGCCUGGCUAGCCGGCCCGCCCGCCGCAGUGAUGUGCGACAAGGAGUUCAUGUGGGCCCUGAAGAACGGAGACCUGGACGAGGUGAAGGACUACGUGGCCAAGGGAGAAGAUGUCAACCGGACACUGGAAGGGGGAAGGAAGCCUCUUCACUAUGCAGCAGAUUGUGGACAGCUCGAAAUCCUGGAAUUCCUGCUGCUGAAAGGAGCAGAUAUUAAUGCUCCAGAUAAACACCACAUUACCCCACUUCUGUCUGCUGUGUAUGAGGGCCAUGUUUCCUGUGUGAAGUUGCUUCUGUCAAAGGGUGCUGAUAAGACUGUGAAAGGUCCAGAUGGACUGACUGCCCUUGAAGCCACCGACAACCAGGCAAUCAAAGCGCUCCUGCAGUGAUGAACGGAUGGACUGAUAACUUGGAAAGAACGACUCUCCUGUGGCCUCACACUGCUGCCUGUCUGUCUGUCACUCUCUAUCUGCCAGCUUCUUCAGCUAAAUACUUUUAGGAGGUGUGAGGGGAGAGAGAAAUUCAUAACAAAUCAGACUACCAGAAAAAAUGUUUGGAGGAGAGGAAAAUCAUGAUCAGGCUCUUAGCAGGAUUCCUGAUCAAGCCAACCUCUUUUCCAUUUCUAAUAAAAGAUAUACCAUAGACCCAAGAGAGAGCAAUGACACACUGUACCAGGAACAUUUGACCUUUCAACUCCCUAGCUAAUCCAUUAAUUAGAUUGUGUUGAAGGUCUCAUUCUACAAAGGCCAACUCUACUUACUCAGCAGUCCUAACUGUGAGCAGUAGCGGCUGCUGCCAUGUAACUUAGGGUGCUGAGAUAAGCAACUCCCUCCAGCCUUCUGCCUUAAGCAUGCACUCUCCAGGGGUCUCCUGCUCUGUACUGGCGCCACCUGUGGUUGGUGACCAAAUCUUCCCUCAUAACUUCAGCUUCCAGUGAAAGCUCAGUUAAGCUGAGGAGGGGCGCCACUCCUAAAUCUCUGGAUGACUGAACUUUGGAUUUUCUCUCCCCUUUCACAUGGAUUUAAUAUCUCUUUAGAUAAAACUGACUAGUUUUAUUUAUGAAAUCUUAAAAUUUAGAAGUCUAAAGGAGAAAUCAUUCCAGUAUCUGUAUUUUUUUCUCCUCUAGCUUCAGACAUUUAUAUAAUAACAUUGAAAUACUUUCAGAUUCCUGCUGGUAUAGUAAAGGGGGUUUAAAAAUAGAAUCAUAGCCAUAAGCGUGUUAGUAUCAUAUAGAGAGAGAGCAGUUAUCCUAGUACCUACAGAUAUCCUUUGUUUGCUGUUUGAGUUGAUUUCAGUUAACGUCUGGAGAAUCAAGGAACAUUUCUUAGAACACCUCUCUCUGACCCAUCUUGAUGAUGAUUACGUAGUACACCAAAGCUGUCACUGGGGCAAGAUUGACUAUUAGAAAAAUUGAACCCAAUCCCUACAGAACUAGGCUUGUUACCAGGUUUCCCUGAGUCAUUGAUAGGCUUCUGCUGGACAUAUGCCAACCCAACCCACCUGCACAUAUUUUUGUUUCUCUUAUAAAUCAUGCAUUGCAUAAUGUGUGAUAACUUCAAAAUAUUUUCUGUGUUCUUACAAUACAGUGCCCUAAAAUGGUCCUUAUGACCUGCAGAAAAUUUGGGCACAUCUCCAAGUAUUUAUUUCAUGAGCAGUAAAAUUAAAGCAUAUAACCUUAACUUUGAUAUCUGGCAUUUGAAAUAUUAAGAUUUUUUGAAUUGUCAUCCAUAUAAGCUUACUAAAAAUAUUAGGGUUUUUCCUUAACCAAGUCAUGCAAUAAUUGAAUGUACCUCAAAUUUUUAAAAGGGGGAGGGAGGUUAGGGACUUAUAUUCAGAUUGUGGAUAAUGAACCAAUAAUUUUUUUUAAGGCAAUGUAGCAUUGCACAGCAGGGUUAAACUAUUAAGAACAGUCAGCCUGGGUAGUAAGUUUUAUUAAUCAGUUGCUAGUUGGUUGGUGAUGUAAGAAUGAGAGUGUGUGUGUGUGUGUGUGCAUGUGUGUGUGUGUGUUUUCCCCAUGAGCCCUUUUUUUAUCCUGUGGCUUUUUCACUUUGAAUUAGCCUACCCCUGUAAUUUUCCUGUGUCCAAGAACACAAUAACAAAAUGGAUUAAAUACUUUGAUAUAUUUGACUAAUUGUGCUGUCUUAAUGCAGCCUAUCAGCUGUACAUCCUGAUUAGAAAUGGAGGGCACUCUAUCAGUCUACACCUGUCAGCAUAGUGCAGCAGGAUGGUUUUUUUUUUUUUUUUAAUCAUUGUUUUCACCUCUUGGUAUAAUGCUAUUUAAAAGGCUUGAAUUUUUCCCUUUACACAGUUUUCACCUUUGCUUUCAAAGUGUUCUGUUGUAGUUGGCUAUUGCAGAGGGUGCAUUGUCCUCGCAUUCCUAAACUUGGUCUGCUUUCAAAGUCAUUAUGGUACUUAAACCAUGUGAUUCCUUGUACAGUUUAUCCUGAUGUUCCUUGUAAUGCAGUAGAGGCUAUUUUGCCUUCCCUCUUAUUUUUCAGUCAUUUUGUAAACCCCAUAAUUAUGAAGCAAUUGCUUGAGUAAAUUACAUAUACACAUAGAAUAGAAUAGACUGUCCAAGAUGGUUUGCAAUUUCUUUUUUUUUUUUAACUAGGUUAUUUAUAAUGUAUUUCUGAACCACUUGGCAGAGAAAUUCACAACACUUAAUGUUUAUAUUUUGAAUAAAGGAAGCUACAACCAUGUCUGCUUUUUGGUACUACAUGCAUUAGCAAAAGGUUAGUUUUGUUCUCCACUGAACUACUAUUUAACAUCUUAGACAAAAUCUUGCAUGUUCUGUAGUUUUGUAUCAAAUCAUUGAGUCAUUUCUUAUGCACUAUGUCAAGUUAAAAACAGGUGAUUUUCCUGUUACAAGUUGCUAACAAAUUCCCCUGCAGCUUCAGGCUGGUUUCUGUAAA